CUCAAUUUUUGGGUUGUCCCGUUUUUAACUAAAAUGAGUCGAAUUCGACUCAAUUUUGAGUAGCUGAGGCUUAGCGUGUACAGUUUUCGUUAGUUUCCUGCUCGCUGCGGACGUUCCAAAAAAUAAGCAAUUUCAUGACUUCAUAAUCAAGAUUGCCCGAAAAAAUGCCAUCACCACCGCGCAGAAAAGCACACAGAGAAAAACGCCGGGAUAGGGAACGAAAUCGAUCGACCGGCAGGGAACGUCGGCGAUCAAUUGAACGAGAAAGAAGUCGAGACCGAAGUCGAGAACGUCGGGAGCGAGACAGGGAACGAGAUCUGCGCCAGCGUGAUUACAGAAGAAGAUCGAGAUCGCGGUCAUAUGACAGAGACCGAGGUCGCGAUAAAUCACCACUCCCCUCAUCCUCCAGACGAAUUCAAGCCAAGCCCGUGGUAACAGAGGCCGAUCUGGAAGGGAAAACACCUGAGGAACAGGAAAUGCUCAAGACCAUGGGAUUUUGUGGGUUCGACACAACAAAAGGUAAGAAGGUCGAAGGCAACAACGUGGGCGAAGUACAUGUGAUCUUAAAACGGAAGUACAGACAGUACAUGAAUCGUAAAGGUGGUUUCAAUCGGCCUCUGGAUUUUGUUGCCUAGGUUCAAAAUGCUUUUCCUCUGCAUUACUCAGUUUAGUAGAAUUGCGAUAUCUUGUUCCAAUUCAUAUCUCUAUUACUUAUUGAUUUGCGUAACCAGUUCUUAUCAAAUGGGUAUAUUUAAAGUGAUCCUCUACAUCCAAACCAUCCUCCACAAAGUACAAUAGUCACAACACAAACGGGUUCCAUAUAACUGCAAUAGCCACAUUUUCAUAUACACACAUAUUAGACACCGAUACUAAAUUACCAUAACAAUGCAAUAGCCAAAAAGAGUACAUUGAAACGGGAUGUUGGGGCCAUGGUCAAGUACUAGGAAUCUGCCUUCAAUUUUUCUCAUACACUUUCUUAUUCCUUAAUUUUCCUUCCAUUAUUCCGUUCAUACCCUUACGCCUUGUAUACCCAACCAGUAAAGCUUGGUUGAUUCUAAACAGACUUUCCAUUUUCCCAAUAUCUCGUCUCAUAACUCUUCUCUAUAUACAAACACCAAACCUCAUAGAUUUUAUUCAUCACAGUUAACAAUAGUAUCAAAACAGAAACUUUAAUAUACCUCAUAAAUUAAGUAAAUGCGAAUGUACUGUUUGUAUGCAGGAAUAAAACCUUAUACAGUUUUUGAUAAUAGCGACAGAAAUAUUGAAUUUUUGGGAAGUGAAACAUUAGAAUACUACACAAACGUCCUUCAUUUGAAAUCAUUGUUAAUCAUCCUCGUUAUUACAAACUCAUUGUCACUGCUAUUUUAUAAUAAAAUUAUAAUUGUACAAUUUUUUCAAAAGAAAAAAUUAAAAAUGUUUUUAGCGUUGCUAAAAUGUAAAUUUGCAAUCUAUUCAGGUUCUGUUAGAAAAUGUAUAAUUAUGUUUCCAAGUAAAAUUUUACUCAUUUCAGCAAUUCUUAAUUUUUUUUACGUUUUAUAAAUAUCAAGACUGAAAAGUGUAGAAUUUAAUUUUGAAACAAUAUUGCACAAUUGAUAUUAUAGAUAGUGGAAUUCAUAGAUUGGCGAAAAAAAGUAUAUCAUGUCUCCGAACAAAACAAGUUCCAUCGAACGAAUAUGACACGAUUGCGAUUACUGUGCGAAGGCGUGUGAAAUAAUAUUCACUUGAUACACUCUACAACUAAGGUAUUUAAUCACGCACACGCUAAACUAUUGGUACCAAUAACUAUAUGUGAAACCUGUCAAGAUUAUUAUUGUAAGCAUGUUAAUUAAUAUAAGUUGUACAAAAUUUCGGUAUCUAAAUUAUAAAAAUUUAAAUUAAGUUACAGUGUUACUUUUCAUGAUUGUGACAAAAGAAAAAGCUGAAUAAAAUGAUAAGUUCAACAAAAAAAAA